CGGUGAUACGUCGUCGACGGUCGACGUUCAACAGCGCCAAUUUUUCUCGGCGCGCGUUCUGUUUUCCGGUCGCCCUGCCGGUUUUAUUACGCGUAGCAACACCGACAGUUGACGAGACGAGGUUGUCUUUGACGCUGAGAUCUGAGAUUCGCCAAUUUUCUCGCCAAGCAUCUCUGGCCUGACAUUGAAAGUGCUGCCGAUUCGACGUCGCUGUCAACUUUUGACGUGCGCUUUCGUUCGUUGUCAGACGAAAAAAUGGCGACCGCCGUGCCAUCGCGAUUCGCCGUCCUUAGCAUUGAGGACGAUGACUUCAAGCCGAAGAAGACGCAGAAAAGCACGACGACGAGCAAGACUAACGCGAAGAACAAAGGCGACAAGCCGAAGCAACAGCAGCAGCAGCCGCAACACCAACAGCAGCAAGCAAACAAAAAAAAACAGAACAAAGUAAAGAAGAAAAAAAUGAAUAAUGAUGAUCAGCAAUGGGAACAGUGGAAGCAAAAAGAUACGAUGGCUAUCGAGGAAGCAUAUGAACAGGAAUUACACCAAGCCAUCUUGCUAUCAAAACUGGCAUACGAAGAGCAAUUAGUCAGCACAGCAAAGAAUGAAAAAGAUCAAGAACAGAUUAAAAAGUCUGGUAAAAAGUCAAAGAAGGCGACUAUGUCCCUAGUAGAAUUUAAUAGUCUGUCAUCAUCAAAUAUAGUACCAUCACCAAUACUACCAAGUGAAUCUGUAGACAAUAAAUCAAAAGAAAUAGACGCAGAGUUUUUUGAGAGGGUAGAGAAGGAAACAAAAGAAGAAAUAACAAAGGGAAAAGAAAAGGAUAUGCUGAAAGCUAGAUUAAAUAAAAUUGAUGACGAUAUAACGUCUGCGCAGUUAAGAGUAGAGAUUGAAAAACGUGAUGAAAUAAUCAGCCAAUUGAGAACCGAAGUACAUACAUUGAAAGAAGAAUUAACACAAGUUAAGGAAAGAAAUAAAAAACUAUAUCAAAUAUUAUCACAUGGCGAGAUGAAGGAUAAAGCAUCUGUAUUAGCUGAAGUAGCAAAACUGCAAGAAAUACGAGACGAAUUAACAUCCGAAGUAACUUCUUUACAUGCUCAAUUGGAGCAAGAAAGAUCUAAAACACGUACAUCCAGCGCAGAUUUGAAAACGUCUAAACAAAUUAACAAGAAAAGGUUUGAAAAUGUCGGCCAAUGAAAAUGCCUAAUUCGCUUUUUGCGAAGAACUGUACUAUUGUGAUCUAAUUUUUAUUGAUGAUACAUACUGAUUAAGUCGCAAUCUGAAAAAAACAUUACGUUUACAAAAAGAAAAAUUUCGAUCUCUUAUAAUAUAUUUUAUAUUUACUUGUUAAAUGUAAGUUUAAGAUAUACAACUAGAUGACAGCUCUUGUUAGUUUGAUUAUUUCACAAAUGUAUAUUAUGAAAAUAAGAUUACAGCCUAUGCAUUAGCAACUUUC